AUGACCAACCCAUACGAUACAGCAAGUUCAAACGAUCAAGGUAUCUCCUUAGAUGAUAAAACAAGUGUUUCCACUGGUGAUGUUGUCACAAGGAGUUGUAUAAUCGCUGGUGAUGGUAACGAAUUUGUGGUUCUUGGUAAUCAUAAAUUCUAUAGACAUGAAUUAUUGACUGCAAUGGCCACUGCCAAUCAAGUAUCAACUGAGAGUGAGCACAAAUAUGGUAAUGCCGCAAUGUUAGGUGUAUUCAGUACUUCCUUCAAUAUCAUGAUUUUAGGUCUUUAUUUUGCUACCGGAACUGCUAUCACCAACGCUAUGGUUGGUGGAUUCUUCUUUAUUGGGGGGUUAUUACAAUUUUUGUCAGGUGCUUGGUGUUUCGUCUCAAGAGACACUUUCGGAUACACAGUUUUUUGUAGUUAUGGUGCCUUUUGGAUGAGUUUUGGGGCUAUUUUCACUCCAGGUUUUGGAAUUCUUGAAGCUUAUGCUGAUGAUCUAGAAAUGAUGAAUCAAGCAAUUGGUCUUAUGUCAGUCGGAUGGGUCAUUGUUACUACUAUGUUCUUGCUUCUUGUGUUAAAAACAACUUGGCUGUUCUUUUGGUGUAUUCUUUCUUUAGAUGUUACCAUUGCUCUCCUUGCAACUGGAUUCUUAACUGGAAAUCAAAAUAUAAUCAAAGCCGGUGGUAUCAUGGGUGUUAUUAAUUCUUUCUCGGGUUGGAUUGAAUGUUAUGGAGCUAUGGCAAACAAACAUAACUCAUACUUCCAAAUCCCAGCUUUCCCAAUACCUACAUUUGGGAGGCAAAAACAGCAUUGA